AUGGCAAACCCUUUCUUGAUGGACGAUGAGCCGAUGGCAGGGCGCGACCCGACACCGAAUCCGUUUCUGUUCGGCGACGACGGUGACCAGGCGGAGGCGGAGCCGGAGAACCCGUUUCUGGCGCCGGUCAAGAACCCGUUCUCGGACUUUGGCGAGCCGGACGAGGACGUUCCGAUGCAGCUGCCGGCGGAAACGGCCGGCGGAGUGCCGGCGGAUCUGUUCGGACCGGUGCUCACCACCGCCACCACCACCACCACCACCGGCGUGGAGCUGUUCCUGGACGAGCAGGUCCUCACGGCCGCUCCCAGCGCUGGACCCAACGUCGUGCCGUCCGCCCCGGUAGCGGCAACCGGCAACUCCAGCAACGCCAACUUCUUCCACACGACCAUCAACGAGGAGGACGACCUGAUUAUCCCGAAGCCGACGCACCUGCACCUCGGCACCAUGACCACCGCCGCCCUGAUGGACGACAUGCUCGGGGCGCUCUACUCCAGCGAGGACGAGCUGCGGGGCGUGGGCAAACCGCACAAACCGGCACCGCCGCGCCCCAUCCCGCCGUCGCACGCCACCCAGCAGCUGAUCAGUUCGAUUGCGGACCAGCUGGACCAGACGAGCACAAACUUGCUGCAGAAAAUCCCCGUCACCCGCACGCCGAGCCCGGUGUCGAUGCGUGAUCUGCACUCGCCCAGCCCGACGCCCGACUUUGGCGACCUACUGACGACCGACGGGCCGGGUCCUUCGGCGGCGGCGGCGGCGUCGCACGAUGACCCGAUGCUGGCGGCCGACAAUCCGUUCGCUGCCGUCGACGAUCAACCCGCAGCCGCAACGGUACCGAAGCCCCCGCGACCCAGACCGCCGCCACCGCGCCCUGCGCCGCCGGCCAGAAGUUCGCUCGCCUCCUCCCCGAUCAACCCGCCAGUCGGGCCGGGCGUCCCAAGCCAACCACCCCAGCAGCAGGAUGCCGAUCUGUUCGAUCUGUUCGGUCCUGGGCCGGGGCCCGCCAAACCGGCCGCCCCACCGAAGCCACCGGCCCCCAAGACCAAGGAGGACAUCCUGUCGCUGUUCUCCCUGCCCGCCCAGCCGACGGCGGCGGCGGCGGUCAUGGUGCCCCAGCCCAAGCAACCGGACCUGCUGAGUGACGACCUGGACGACCUGCUCGGUGGCGGCGGUGGCGGCGGGAUGGCUGGGCCAGCCGCGGCUCCCGAGGCUGCCUUCAUACCGAAUCUCACGGAGAACUUGGCUACGGCCGCGGUUCAGGUGGCACCACCGAAACCGCCGGUGCCAUCGGUGCCGGCCAUCGUGAGUUCGCCGCUGGCUACGGCGGCUGACCCAAAACCGCAGACGAUGCUGGAGGAUGGCGAGGAGCCGGUGGGGCCCCUGGAGGCGUUUGUGGAGCCGUCGCCGGAGAUCGUGCUGGAUGUGGCGCCGGCCUCGGACCCCAGCGAUGCCAUGCGCUCCGAGGUGUCGUCCGAGUACAGCCCCACCGGGUCCAAUCUCACCUCGGGCAACAUCCCGAGCUCGGUGUCGGGCAGCAUCGUCAACAUUCCGACCUUGGACCGGACGCUGGAGCACGGCGAGGCCGAAGGCGCGAUGGAGCUCGGUACGGAGCGCGUUACCGAGUCGCUGGACUACGGCAAUCAGCUGGACUAUUCCGGCGUGGCCGCCGUUUCCGGCGGGCCGACGACCGAGGCGUACCAGGAAUUGGCGCCGGGCGUCGACCCAGACCCACUGCUCGGUGGCGGAGUGCAGGUCAAUCCAUUUUCGAUGGACCCGGACACGGAUAUGGCGCCGGUCGAUGGACUGACGUACGCCAACGAGCUGUUCGGGGCCGCGACGAACGCGGCCAACAACAACACGAUGACGGUGGAGCCCAGCGAGUGUUACCCGGCGAGUGUCACUCCCCAGCCGGAGCCGGAUGCGUUCGAUUCGUUCGCGGCCAAGUUCGAGCAGCACAGCCGGGGCCCGGUGGGACCGGUGAAUGGGUCCGCCGGAAGCGCUGUCACCGCCACCGCCGGCAACAUCUUCCUCGACGACGAGCUGGUGGGCAAGGUGAACGAGGACGCCUUCGGCGGCGAUGCGUGGGGCGCUGCUGGCGAUGCGGGUGGGGCGGUGUUCGGUGAUGCCAGCGCAGGCGACGGUUUCGGCAACGAUGACGGCUUUGACGAUCCUUUCCUGUCGAUGCAGGCACCACCGGUACCGGAGGGCACACCAUUCGGGAGAGCGCAAUCGCGAGACUCCGACGAGGACCGUGAGUUUUCGGUGGUCAUACGACCGAAGGAGGGCCUGGACGUGGGCUAUACGGCUCCGGCGCUUGCUCCGCCACCCAAGAGCCCGCAAACCGCUUCGAUCUACUCGGGUGAUUCGUCGCCCCGUGUCAAUCCCUUCGAUCGCAGCGACGACGGAGCGAACCAGAUCCCUACCAGCCUAGUGCAGGACAAGCCUCAACUGGAACGGACCGACUCGCAGGAGACGCCACCGACGCCGCUGUUCGAUGAGGAUGUGUCGCAGCCGCUGGAGGACUUCCCACGCGUCAUCCACCAAGGUGACGGCUGGGAGAUGCAGUUGCGCCAGCCGAAUAAGAAGAAAAUCACCGGCCAGCGGUUCUGGAAGAAGAUCUUCAUCCGGCUGGUGUGCCAGGGGGACAGCCCGGUGUUGCAGCUGUACAACGCGGCGAACGACAAGGAACCGUUCCAGGAGCUGCCCCUUCAGGCGUGCUACUCGGUGUCGGACAUUGGCGCCCAGCAGUACGACAACUUUGGUAAAAUCUUCACCGUCAAGCUGCAGUACGUGUUUUACAAGGAGCGGCCGGGCGUGCGGCCGGGCCAGGUGACGAAGGCGGAGCGACUCACGAACAAGCUGAGCCAGUUCGCGGCCUACGCUAUCCAGGGCGACUACCAGGGCGUGAAGGAGCUGGGCAGCGAUCUGAAAAAGCUCGGGCUCCCGGUGGAGCACGCCCCGCAGAUAUCGCAGCUGUUCAAGCUCGGCUCGAUGAACUACGAGGACAUGAAGCAGUUCUCCGUGUGCAUCGAGGAGGCGCUGUUCAAGAUGAACGUACACCGCGACAGAGCGCUCACGUACAAGACUGAGGAGGUACAGGUGACGGCGGUGGACGAGCUGUACGUCGAGCAGGACGCCGAGGGACACGUGAUGAAGCAGAUUGCCCGCGUCCGACUGUUCUUCUUGGCGUUCCUUACGGGCAUGCCGGACAUCGAGCUCGGCGUCAACGACCUGUGGCGCCAGGGGAAAGAGGUGGUCGGGCGCCACGACAUUAUUCCGGUCGUGACGGAGGAGUGGAUCCGGUUGGAGGGCGUCGAGUUUCACAGCUGCGUGCAGCAGGACGAGUACGAACGGAGCCGCACGAUCAAGUUCAAGCCCCCGGACGCGUGCUACAUCGAGCUGAUGCGGUUCCGCAUCCGGCCACCGAAGAAUCGCGAACUUCCGCUGCAGCUGAAGGCCACCUGGUGCGUGACGGGCAAUAAGGUCGAGCUGCGCGCGGACGUCCUGGUGCCCGGGUUUGCCUCCCGCAAGCUAGGUCAGAUCCCGUGCGAGGACGUUUCGAUACGGUUUCCCAUACCGGAGUGCUGGAUCUAUCUGUUCCGCGUGGAGAAACACUUCCGGUACGGGUCGGUCAAGUCAGCCCACCGGCGAACGGGCAAGAUCAAGGGCAUCGAGCGCAUCCUGGGCGCGGUGGACACGCUGCAGGAGUCACUGAUCGAGGUCACGUCCGGGCAGGCUAAGUACGAACACCAUCACCGGGCGAUCGUCUGGCGCUGCCCGCGCCUGCCAAAGGAGGGCCAAGGUGCGUACACCACGCAUCAGCUCGUCUGCCGGAUGGCGCUCACCAGCUUCGACCAGAUCCCGGAGCAGUUGGCCCCCUACGCCUACGUGGAGUUCACAAUGCCGGCUACGCAGGCUUCGCACACCACCGUGCGCUCGGUGAGUGUGCAGGACUCGGAGAGCGAUGAGCCGCCGGAGAAGUACGUCCGGUACCUGGCACGGCACGAGUAUCGCGUUGGCAUCGAGCACACGACUGGGGAGUCGAUGAACCCGUAUUUAGCAGCCACCACCGUCAGCAAGCAGCCGCCGCCAAUUCCCGAGCAACAGCCCAUGGCCACCACCCCGAUCGCACCGAGCGAUUCCGACUCCGAUUCGAACUAAAGAGCCUGAGGAUUGGGGCAAAGAUGCGGUGCUCUAGACCAAUAUUUACCCUCCACCCGCCGGCUUUACCGUUGCGUCCCUGAGGGGGCCGCUCCCCCAGCUGUGAAGCAGGCGGCGGAGGGAUGUGAUGGACACGCAGUACUUAUAAUAUAACUUAUUGCCAGAGGCCCAAAUCUCCACUCCUGCAAUGAAGAACCCUAGCCAAUACAUACUGCACGUGUAUGCGUGCGUGCGUAUGCAAGUGUAUGUACUUAUAGUUGUUACUUGAAUUACGUUAGUUCGACAAUAACAGAGAAGCCCAUUAUAGCAGCUGUGCAGCCCGAUUCGCCGUAGCUGUUACCGGUCGUCCGAAGGUAACCUAGGAUCUCCUAGGGCCUUCAGUAGCAACCACGGUUGCGGGGAGGCUAAGGACAAAACGGCGCAGAUAGCAGUAACAGAGGCAGCAUUUAGGAUGUAGUGAUUAACCGAGCUCAAGUUUGCUUAAUUAAUUCCGUUACUUAAUUAGGUAUUAACCCGGCCUCUCCCCCCUCCAUGUGUGUGCGCGUGUGAAUAACAGAGAUAGUGGUGGAUAGUAGUGAGCGGAAAACGCUACUAGCUACAUUAGCUUCUUUCACACAUUGUACCCUAUCUGCUUUUAUGUGUUUCUCUUAUUGUUCUUAAACAUUCUGUAUCCAAUCAGCGUUUCGAGACGGAGCCGUGUUGGUCCGGUUUGAGCUGGGGAUUCGCGCCGGAAUCACCGGGUUCCCUAUCUUAAGCGUCUACGGCAAAGUAGUAUGCUUUUUGUACAUACACGCAUAAAUCGGCGUUCAACAAUUCAGUAGUGCAGUGCAACCUUAAGCAGAUCUGACCAUACUAUAACAAAACCGAAACGAGAACAAUAUCUGGAUCCUGAAGGAUAGGUGAAGCCUCAGCUGUGGUUCACGCUAAAUGGGGUGACUUAGUGCGAGUUGGGGCAUAAUGCUGGUGUGGACUAUCGGAGCACUACUUCUUAAUAGGCAUCGGACCGAUAUUUGUUUCACUCGUUUGUUAUAGUAGGUUGAUCGCAGAUUGUGUAUCGUUCUCGAGUAACUGUCUUCGAAUUCCUGGAAGCAGCAUCGAACGUUACGGUUUUGCUUUAAUGUAAUCCUUCGGUCCACUGAGGACUUAAGGCGCGUACCUAAUAUUGGCUGUUGUCCCUAGCGCGUAAGUUCUUAAGUUGUUUAGGCCAACCGUCGAAUUCGGUGGCACACAUUCUGUUGGAGCUCCCUGUUCCAAGCGUUAGUAGGCGCGUUGAGGUUUACUAUUGCGUUUCUUCUGCUUUGUUGAAGACAUAUCACUAAAUGUUUAACAUUAUUCAUUACCCUUCUUCGGUGAUAUUGCUAACAAGAUGGGAGUUGAAUAACAAGUAUUACGAAGAAGUAGAAAAGCUAUAGCAUAGUGUAUUCUUCCCAGUAGCCAUCACGAAAGUCUGCUGAGUUCCCAGGCAUCAUGCGUUAAACAGUCCGGUUAGCUUGUUACUGGUUUAAUCGAAGCAGUGCGAAAUAAUGGUACCAUGUUUAUUACUGCUCCUAAUUAAACCACAGAUCCGUUUCCUAUCGUUUGAUAAGAGGGACACCCAAGUAUUUGAACAGCAAGAUGGAAUAGUGAACCGCUAAUCAGUAAACUCUAAAAAGUCUGUAUAAUCACCCAACUAGCAGAGCGAAAUAUGCCUGACGAUACCAAACCAUUAACAUAAGUGUGUUGAUAUAUACUUAAUUUAAUUGCUGAAUGGCGAAUACAAUACCAAAAAUAUAUGAAAAACGAAUGAAAACAUGAGCACAUUCCUGAAACCCUGAACCCCGAAACUGACACUAAGCGUACGAAUGGGCGAGUGUUGUGGAAGGUGAAGACAGUGAAAACACCGAUUACAACCUCCUCCCAAUAUAGGAGACAUGACGAACGUAAACCUAAUGCCGGUGCAACACAGAUAGCUGGGCGGUGAGAGUAAGGUGAAGCCACGACACAUACUACCAUAGAUGAUUACGCCAUUAUACAUGUAUGAGGUAAACACAAAACAACAAACUGGUUAUUGUAUUUAGAUAUAUACUACUCCGUAUGCGACACUCGGUGCGGAAGAUGUGUUUUGACCGUUGAAUGAGUGUUUAAAUGUUUUGAGAUUAAAUGGAUUGGCCGGAAGCCAUCUGGCAUUGCAGAGCUUAUAUGGCAUACGAGAAUUAUCAGCCCGUGUUCGCUUACCCGGCCCUGGGGCAGGACCACGAUUGCUGUGGAAAAACGAGACGGAGAGAACAAAUGUUUGUUUAAUCAUUUGAAAGGAUGAUGCUUCAACUGGAAGACUUUGCAUCCUUAGUCAAACAAAUAGACGCACGAACGUUUACUCCAUAUACAAUAGCGCAACGCAUUUAACAGUGUCAAAGUAUUUUGUUUCUACUUUUCGUUUUGAAACGUUUGAAACAUAAAACGGUAAGUCAAGUGCAGUUUUCCGGGGUUACUUUCAGCACUCAAUUGGUUCCAUUUUGGUUCGUUAAACACAACAACGCAACAGCACUUUCAAUUUUGGCAAUAUUUGCCCCUUUCAGUCAUGCACAGAGGUGUAUUCUCAAUGGCAUUUGAUUUGAUAUAUACAUAUACAUACCGUAUAUACCGCAAACUAUACAUACAUACACGUAUAUUAGAAAUUGGAGGUAGUAGGCGUAGAACAUACUUAAAAAAGAUUGACAGCUUAUAGUAAACCUGCAUGGUUCGAAAGAGAUAUAGAGAGAUACGGGCGAAAAGAAGAGCUGAACUGAAGUAGAUUACAAAAGAAUCGAAUAAUGGGAGAUGGCUUGAGCCUUACGAGUACGUUGAUAGUGAAUUAGGUAGCUAUGGGAUAAACGGUGCAGAAUCAACUAAACAUUGACCUACAGUAUUCCUUGGCGCAGUGUGCCCGUUCCUUUCCUGCGAACACAGCACCACGAGACGCAUACAUUUAAAAUAUUUAAAAGGGCGCCCUAGGUUUGCGGGUUAAGCGGCCAGAAUCAAAUAUUCAUAUACAUAAUAAGCGAAACGGCAUACGCAACUGAGCAAAUACAAAAUCAUUGCGUUAAACAUCUAAAACUCGACCGAGUCGCCGUAGACAUACUCAGUAAAAAAAUAUAAACAAGCAAACCACAGUUGGACAACAUCAAAUUUAAGUAAGAUAAACAAAAUAAAAUCCGCAAACUACAAAAACCUAAACACACAUAAAACCGCAUUGUGAGACGCAAGUCGA